AUGGGGUUCAUUUUCCGACACUUAGAGGAAGAGAGACCGCUGCAUCGUUCUGCCUCACACCAAUUUGUACCUUCUGCAUUUGCAGCAGAAGCAUGGGCACUCUGGGAAGCUUUGAUUUCCACUAUUGAUGCAAUCUCUUCAUCUUCUCUCUUUUUCGUCACUUUUUCUCUUAAACCGCCGUUCACUUCUGAGACGAUUUCCCGGCGAUCCGUGAAGCUCCACGCGACGUAUAAUAUAUCAAAUCGAAGCCCCGGAGCCGAACCUCUCUCUCCCCAUUGCAAGAUGUGUGCGCCUCUAACUCCUCCUCCUCUUGAAACCGAAUCCAGUGAUGGUGGAUCUCCACUUCGUCAUCCUUCUCCUAUGCCAUCACCUCCUUCUAUUGCUCGCCCUUCUGUGCCAAGGUAGAUCAGUUAUGUCUAUAUUGUUGAUUGCUAUCUGGGCGUUUUCGAUCCUGGCAGACCUGAGGCUCACCAACUGGACCAAACCAGGCGUCUGACCGAAUGCGGUUAGAUGGCCAACCUAACAU